GCGCGGCACGAGUGUGUCAGUGGUUUGGUCGUUCUCCAAUCCCUUCUCUAUUCUAUCUUUCUGUCUCGCUUCUCCUCGGGUUCUCUGCUACUGCCAGUCUCGCGACAGCUGUUCCCGGCGAUGAUCCGCGAGGCGAUCCACGGAAUUCGAAGCAGGAGCAACCUACGAUGGUUCACAAGGCGGUAGACCCGAAGAAAAAGCAGCGUGCAGCAGGACGAGAGGAAGAAAAUAAAAAGAGAGCUGUGAAAGUGUAAAACCCGUUAACGGCAAUUAACGUAUGCCGGUUUGGAAACAAAAAGUAAAAUCGUUAGUACGCGUGCUUCUUUAAUUAAUCGCUCGGGAUUAACGAGUUUCCGAGCCGAUGGGACGGCCAUCGCGUUACUCGAAGAAUCGACGGAAAUAUCGCGAAUCCGCGAUAUAGUCCCGUGUGAACAUUGUUCAGAAACGAGGGAGGAUUUCGAGAAUCGUUGCGGUUUAAGUCGAUUUUUCUUGACGACGACAAAUAUCGAUGUAGUUCGCAAAUUUUUUACAACUUUCUUUGUAAAAUAGAACAAACUUCGGUUUAGAAUGAUCUACGAUAUUUGAUCACAAACUUGCGUUUUGUAUUAAAAGAAAGACAAUUCAUUCCAUUGCAAAUAACUUGAAGCUUCAAUUGAAGAACUAUUUUUAAAGGGUCAGAAUACAGGAUUGAUCCUGUGUCUAUUAAGAUAUCGACUCGCACCGAUACGAUUCUGAAGCGUGAGUGACUCGAUAGGAAGGGUGGGCCGGGGUGCCGGACAAUCGAACGAAAAUAAUCGCGAAACCGUGCCGCGGCACGAUGCUGGCGUGCGUCUAUCCGGCGGAGAACUUCAAGUCGAAAGCCGUGACGGUGAAGCUCCGGCACGGACGGUCCAAAAGAAAACCGAAGCUGUUGUCCGUGAAGGAGAAACCGGGGGACGGCAAACACCCGGAAUGCAACGACGCCCUUAAGCUCGAGAACGAGUUACCAGUGGGCGGGGGUGGUGCUGUGCUGGUGCUCAGCGAGCUUGAAAGCAUGGCAGCCAGGCAACAGCGGGAAAUUGCCCAGCAAAGGCGCCUCCUGGAGCAGAGAGAGGCCCGUCUGGCCGUGCUUCGAGGCGCACAGGAGCCAGCACAGCAGGACAAACUCGCCAGAUUGAGGCAUAGGCUGGACCAACAACAAAGCAAGCUGAAUCGGCUGCGAUUGCUCAGAUCGCAGACCGACCAGUCACGUGCCAACAACGCCACGCUGACCUCGGACUUGGACUGCAUAAGAGCGUUGUUCAAUGAGAAGGAGAAGGAACUCUCGCUGGCGGUGGCGAAGGUCGAGGAGCUGACGCGACAACUCGAGGAGCUGCGGGGCCGGCAGAACGCUGCCGGGACCGGAAACGGAGGUGGAGGUGCCGGAGGCGUUGGAGGCGGAGGCGGAGGCGGCGGCGGAGCCGGACACUUGUCGACGCCGGCCAGCGCCGAGCUGGAGAAACUCAGGAGAGAACUUAUGUACCGUAACAAGAUGAAUGAGCAGCAGAAUCAGGUGGUGUCUCAGCAACGGUUAGCUCUGGCGCAACGUCAGGCCGAGAUGGCUUCGAUAGACGCGAGGAUAGCUCAACUUCAGGGUCGGCUUCAGCGUAAAAGAGCCUUGAACCAGCGACUGAGCCAACAAUUGGACUCCGGAAACCGUACGAACGCGAACACCGGUUUCACGGAGUCGAAGCUGGAUUUUAACGCCGGCGGGAAGUCGAGACCAGCCGGAAAUAUAGCAGCCAUCGAGCCGUAUUCCCACAUACCAAACGACAAUGACUUCAAUCUGAACAAGAACGACCCGAAGUACCAGACACUGCCGUACAAUACCAAAUUCACGGUGAACUUCAAAGCUGCCGAGGAUGAUGUUAACAAGAACAAGAUUCAGCACUCGGCUAGUGCUUCGCAGCUAGGACAAAGAGCAGGUUUCGGUCAACAGUUCGGACAUCAGAUUGCUCACAGCCAAUCUCAAUCCCACAUUCAAGGCCAGUCGCAAUUAUUGGGCACCAAUCAGCAACAGCACAAUCAGAACCUGCCUGGUCAACCCGUGAACGUGCAGCAGACUUGCAACAAUAAUAAUAACAAUAAUAAUAAUAAUAACGCGAAUAGUACGAACAACAAUUUACUAGGCUCGCACAACUUCGGCUCGGAAGGGUUAUCGCAGAAUCUUCGGAUCCAUCAUCAACAGCAGUCCCAAACUCAGCAGCAGCACGGAAAUGUACAGCAGAAACAGCACAAUGUUGGCUCCUCGGCGUCGAAUCUUGGUACCACGGUGUCCAUCACGCAAACACAAAAUCAUAGGAAUCUUCAAAUGCAUCAGAAACCGGUAUCGAGCGUGGCUCCGAGUUUCUCUGUCAAGUCUCAGAUCUAUCAGACUUCCUCCACGAAGAUCCAUCCCGUAAUGCCGCAGACGUUGAGUCUAAUCGGACGUGGGCAUAGCAACGCGCAAAAUUUUGUCAGCCUGAGUACUCAGAACGCUAAUCAACAACAGUCGAAUCAACCCGUUCCUACCAGCCAAGACCAGACGUACACGUCGAGGCAUAACUAUCCCAGUGUUCAACACUCCACUCAAGCGAACACUCAUGUGUAUCAAGCUCAGAAUUCUCCCAACGCACCAUCCACCAUUCUCACGUCGUCUAGUGGAUCUAGCUACGGUAAUUCUGUUCAAAGGUACAACCAACCGCUCAGUCCUACGUCUGGUAACGAGCAAUCCGACAAAAUGAAGUUCGAGCAGGGGAAAGAGAAAUUCGAGCACGUGUUGCCGGCUAAACAUGAACAACAAAGGUACGAGCCGAAUCAGGUAUUCAAAUACGAUCCUCAUCAGAUGAAGUACGAACAGCAUUCCAAAUACGAUCAGCAUGGGAAGUACGAACAAACCAAUCAGCCAACGAAACUGUACGAGCAGUCGAACAAACACGAACAACUCGGCAAUCAAACGAUCAAGUAUGAUAACGUGUCCAAGCCCGAACAGGGUAAAUACGAAACCGGUCAGACUAAACACGAACAGGUCCACGGGACCAAGUACGAUCCCAAUCAGAAUACUCAGCAGUACGGUAAGCACGAUCAACACGAGGUGAGACCGUCGGUCAAGUACGAGCACAACACGGGAUUCAAGCACGAGCCACCGAACAAGUACGAGACCGGGGGACAGCAAUUCAAACAACAGGAACCGGUGAAAUUUGAGAACAAUCAGAGCAAGUUCGAGCAGAAUACCGUGGCGAAACACGAGCAUAAUGGGAAAUUCGAAAUCCUGGCGAAGAAUACCGAGUUCGAUAGAUUGAAGAACGAGAACGAGAGGAAGAAUAUGAUUGAGGACAAGACGAAACCGGCGCUACCCCCAAAACCGAGUAAACCGAAUCCACCGCCUCGGUUGACCCACCACGAGAAGAUUGACAAUUCGGGCGAUGGUAUAGGUGAUUGCAAGACCAACUUGGGAAUAAAUCAAAGAAUAGAGAAAGAAGAAGACGCGCCGCCGAUACCGACAUCGGAACCACCGGAAUCGCCCACGGAGAACCAAUUCAGCAACCACCAAAUCAUCAAGGCUAGACCGUUGACCCUGAAAAAGGCGCCGAUCUCUGAACAGCCGAAACUCCGUUACGCAAAAUCGAAUGUUCACGUAUCGAUAAAUCGACGGAUUGAAAUGCCACCGGCGUUUCUAUUUCCGGAGACCGAAAUUCCAGCGGACCUGAUGCAAACGGAACAGCAACAACAACCUCAGCAGCCGCAGAUCAUCGAUACGACGGAUCAUUGUAAGAAGAUCAUCAACGAAGAUGUGAUCAGCAACGAGAAAUUAGAAGAAGCGGACAUCAUUGAUGCAUUAAACGUGAUCAACAUCGAGGAUAAGGCAAAAACGAAAGACUCCGAAAGAACGGAAAACGAAGGGAAGGGCAGCGAGGUAAUGAGGAGAAAGAAGGGGAACCUGAAGUCCAGUACAGGAAAGGCGAACCUAUCCAGGAGGGUCUCCUUUGACCCUCUGGCGCUCCUUUUGGACGCUAGCCUCGAAGGCGAACUGGAAUUGGUGAAGAAGACUGCUAAAGAGGUUGCGAAUCCUAGUUCAGCAAACGACGAAGGAAUCACUGCACUUCAUAACGCGAUUUGUGCCGGUCAUCUGGAGAUCGUCAAGUUCUUAGUAGAAUUUGGUUGUGACGUGAAUGCUCAAGACAGCGACGGAUGGACUCCAUUACACUGUGCGGCGAGUUGCAAUAAUUUGUCGAUGGUGAAAUUUCUCGUGGAGCACGGAGCUUGUAUAUUCGCCACUACGUUGUCCGACCACGAAACUGCAGCAGAAAAGUGCGAAGAAGACGAGGAGGGCUUCGAUGGCUGCUCAGAGUAUUUGUACAGUGUCCAAGAGAAACUUGGUAUAAUGAAUAAUGGUCAGGUUUACGCGGUAUUCGACUACGAGGCGCAGCACAGCGAUGAACUAACCCUGAAGAAUGGUGAUUCUUUGGUAGUUCUUCGGAAAGGUGACGACAACGAGAGGGAGUGGUGGUGGAGCAAACUGGGACACAAAGAAGGCUACGUACCUCGGAAUUUGCUUGGCCUAUACCCAAGGGUGCAACCGGCAAAGGUGGAUUAAGACGCAUCACGGCCGGCGAACUUGUAAUAUCCGAUGAUUCAUUACCACAGUAUUCAAUUCGCAGCUUUAUCUCGUUAAGUAUCAUAAUUGUAUCGUCGCAUUACGGAUCGUUAUCUUAAUUUAAUCGCGUCCCAUUGUCAUUCGAACGAAGCGUGAACGGAGCGUUAUAGUUCUUUUUAUAUUCUUUUUCUUUCUUGUAAGGCGAAAUGAUCACUUAAUGCCAACAGGCCCGGAUAUCAUGGGUGAAUUUCGUAACGAACAAUCAAGAUCGGGAUGUGUAAUUAAAUAGCAGUUAAUUCGGAAUGAUGCGUAUAGGAUAUCUUGUACACGCGCGAAGUUUAAUAAUAUUAUUUUUUAAGUUAGUGAAAGAAACGUUAAUGUACCUUUUUGUCUGCUACGAUCGUUUAUGACUUUCUUAAACGCAAAAAGGAAUUUUAAAUCUCUUUGCCCGUGAUUCCACUUUUAGCCAGACAACCCAUCUAGUUUUCGGUUUAAUAUUCAUCACUUAAGUAUACUGCCGUGCGAUGAAGAUCACUUAAAAAGUUUCUUUUUAGAAUCUAUCCCGACUGAAGCUUGGAGGUCGACUAAAAAUCGACAGUUUUUUAUACCAUUAAUUUUUAAGAGGCAUUCUUCAUUGUUUCUAAGUAGCAACGAAGCGAUUACAAUUUUUUCCUUAAUUUUAAAAUGCACGUUUCUACUCCGUGGCUCGUUGGGAAACAGAAACUUUUUAAACGGAUCCUCUCACCUUCCAAUGCCAAGAGGGUAAAUUUUAUGUUACGCAUAUUGCGCAGAACAGAUGUAAGCGUACUUAAAAUGCGUUCUAAUUUGUUUCACCUAAAUGUUUUCGUUUAGAUGAAGUCAGAUCUUUGUUGUGCUCAUUGUUACGUUUUUAUUCGUCCAGCGGAAUUUUUCCAAAUCCGAUCUUGACGAUAUUCGGAUUUCGAAAAUAUUCCUAAGAAAUUAUGUGUUAAUCUUGCCAGUACGCACUUUGAACGACGUUGACAAGGGAAAAAUAAAGAUAUUUUUUGCCCUGAACACUAGAGAUUCGCGGAAGAAUCUCGAUGAUUGCAAAACGGUCGCGUCUACCGUUCUUUUCUUUUUAAUUACGUUACUCUCCGGAUGGAGUAGUAUCCAUCAACGCAAAAAUCUCUUAACUCAUCGACCUAACACUUGGCUAAACACUUGUACGAUUGAUUAAUUAUUGCCUAGGAAAAAUCCGAAUGGCCCGAUCAGAAAAAUUCUGAGUGCGAUCGUUGUUCUGUUAAGAUGAAGAUUAAACAAUGUGUAUAGCUACAUAAAAGAAAUAUUAGUUUGCUCUCAGGAUAUUUCUGACAUCCGCACGUACACGCGUAUACAUAUACACAGAAUACACAAACACUCUUACAUGAAGUAUGUGCCUUUCAAAAGUAAUAAUGGAUAUAUUAUGUAAGAAUGCAUGAUAUAUUAUGACGAAUAAAUUGUUUUUUAAUAGAAA